AUGGGUAGGACUCUUACAUAUCCGAAGCGAGAUGCGAACACAGUCCACCGCUACAAGCAUCGAGCAACGUAUGACCUCGAUGCGAUCCAUUCCAUCAUCAAUGCGAGCCAAGUGCUCCAUGUUUCGUUCAGUCCAGGGCCAUCUGACCCCUUUCCCGCCAUCCUGCCCAUGAUUGGCCAAAUGGGCUCAUUUGACUAUCCGUCAGCAGGACUUGAUGAGCCCCUGGAUUGCUAUCUUCAUGGUUAUGUCAGUUCCCGAAUCAUGAAUCUCGCACGAAGCUCCGAAGGAGACGGAUUGCCUAUCUGCAUCGCCGCCAGCAAAGUGGACGGGUUGAUCCUGUCUCUCACACCAAAUUCCCAUAGCUUCAACUAUCGAUCUGCUAUCCUCCAUGGAUAUGCAAAGCUAGUCACGGAUGAAGCAGAGAAGCUCUGGGCUAUGAAGCUUAUUACAAAUUCGAUCGUGCCGGAGCGCUGGGAGAAUACGCGCGUACCGCCCGACAAUGCUGAGAUGUCGUCCACCGUCAUUCUUAAAGUCAAGGUUGUGGAUGGUAGCGGCAAAAUACGGGACGGGGGUGUCUCUGACGAACGCAAGGAUAAAACAAACGAAGAUGUGACCAGCCGGGUUUGGACGGGUGUGGUGCCUGUUUAUGAGGUAUUCGGAGAUCCUGUUCCAAGCCCAGAGAACAAAGUCUCCAAGGUACCAGAUCAUAUCACCACAUAUAUCGCCGGAAUGAACAAGCAGAACCGAGAAUAUGCGGAGAACGCAGUUGGGGUUACGCUUCCAGUGGAGGAACAACAUUGA